AUGGCUUUAGCAGACUGCUGUGGCUACUGUUGGUGGUGGGGGAAGGGGUCUGAAUAUGGAUGUAGCUGCUCAUCGACGACAGUGCAUUGUGAGAACAAGAGGAUCGAAACACUCCCUCAUGCCAAGUACUUCCCUAGUGGCGUAAAAUACCUAUACUUUACUGCAAACCGCUUGUCACAGCUAGACCUGACCCAUGAUAGGUUUUCUAACCUGAAAAUAAUUGAUUUCUCCUCCAACAAAUUAGAGAGUAACUCAGGAAUAGCCAAGACCGUACAUGCUCUACAACAUCUAGAAGAACUGUAUCUACAACACAACAACAUAAAGAAAAUUGAUACUUCCUAUCUCCAUGGUACCAAAGUGAAAAUUUUGGACUUGUCGAACAAUCCAAUUGAAAGGUUCAGUUUUGAUGAUGACCACGACAUUUCUGUAGAGGAUUUCCGGUUAGCCGAUUCACACUUUGCUGACUUCCCUUUUGAAGCCCUCAAAGUAUUCACGAAAUUGAAAACAUUGGACAUCUCUGGGAAUGACUUAUCACACAUUGACAAAGGAACCCUUUUUCAUAGCACGGACCUUAGGGAACUGCAUUUGAACAACAACAACUUCACAACUAUGUUAGAGAGUGAAUUUAAUGAACUUAAACACUUAGAAAAAAUAUGGCUGGCUGACAACCCCUGGAACUGUGACUGCUCUCUACAAUGGCUGCGUGAUCGGAUGAAUGUUAAGAAAGGGCAGACUAUCUUCCAGGACCGGGACCAAGUCCGCUGCACCAAACACCCAGAUACAGCCCUUAUGGAUGUGUCCAGGUCCAAGUUUUCUUGCAGCCUCGCGUCUGCCACAUGUGUCCAGGAGGCCUCCCAGUCCAGGUUCGUCGUCUACAACACGCAGCGGAAGGCCAGCAACUUGACAGAGUGCCACCAGUUCUGUUUCAACAAAAACUACACCUACUUUGUAAUGACGAUGCAUAAUGACUGUUUCUGUGGUGACGUCAAUGUCAACUGCACCUGUGCUUGUGAAGAAUCCUAUACAAUCAUCGCAGGGGCCAAGGGUAUAAUGUCGGGAAUCAAGGUCAACUAUACAUCUCCCGUCGUCAUAGGAACUCCCGUCACCCUGGCUCUUCAAUGGGACGUCACGUAUGACACCAUGGAGGUGGACUUCGGAGAUGGCAGCCAUAUUGUGACAACGUCCUUGACAUCAGUGUCACAUACAUUUCUGUAUCCGGGCAACUUCCAACUGAAGAUAAAACUGUGCUGCUCUGAGUGUGGGAGCUGUGGUGAGGUGGAUACUUCUAUGAAGGUCUCCAGUCUGGAUGAUGAUGGGAAAUUGUGGUGUGAGGAUUGUGUGAAACUGUCGGAGCCGGCAUCUGUGAAUUCCAGGUUUACCUAUGGCUACAACUCUGAGAUCGUCUGGAGCAGAACUGCACAGGAGGGCUCUGAUACAGUUUCAACACCUUGCCUGCUGGGGGACAAAUACAGUGGCAAUCACCAUUGCUACAUCCUCUACACUGACUUGAAGGACUGGGAGUCGGCCAAGACUAACUGCAGUGUCACCCACGGGGGAUCACUGGCCACCAUCGAGGACGAUCAACUAUUACUGUUUCUUGGAGAGAUCAUGAAAAACCAGUCUGUCAGCGAGGCUUGGAUCGGACUGAACAAAUCGGCAUCACUGGACAACUAUGUCUGGACAACCGGUAACCUGUUCCGUGGCUCUACAGAUGGUCUGAGGAUGGAGUGUGGCUACCUUUCAGAUGAUGACAUCAUUGACACUUAUGGCUGUUUAGAUAAACACAGCUUCAUAUGUGAAUACACCCCAAACGAUGUGGUGGUGAGGAGGUACACAUUGCUGGUAGUCUGGAGAUGGAGGAUGUGGGUCAGCCAACAACAGAGCUAG